AUGAUCAAGAAAUUUUGCAUGCUAGCGAAAGGAACUGUUUGUUUCAUGUACUAUGCGUUUUGCAUAAAAUCGAAUCAUUUCCUCGUGAAGCACCGUGCUACCAGAGAGAAGUUAGAAUAUGUGCGAAAAUUACCGACCGGCUGCUAUUUACAACAGCUUUAUUUAGUGACAACAGAUCUAGGAGAAUGUGAUACCAGCUCUGAGGUAGGUAUUGUGCAUCUUGACCGAAUAUGCAUAUGCUCCCUUGUGAAUACCAGUCUUAGACUGUGUAUGAUUGGUUCUGUUAAAGUAGUGAAGGAGGAGGAUUCAUAUUUCGUUGAUUUACAAAAAGAUCAGAUUAGUCAGAUAUCAGAUAUUGCAAGACCAACCACUUGGAAUGACAGCACUCGUUCAAAUGGCGACCAGUGA